GCUGAGGAGCCGGAAACGCGGCGGAGAGGGUGCGGCCCUCAGGAGGCGGUGGGCCAGGCCGCCGGACCCGGCGGGAUGGGGCGGGGCGCGAAACGUUAGGGGAACUGCGCGCGAGGCGCGGGGUCCCGGACGGGCAAGGCCCCAAGCCCGAGCUUCGGACGGAUGAAGAGCAAAGCAGCGGGGCCGGCGCUCCCCAGCGCGGUCCUCAGGUUGGCCAGCCCGGCUGCCAGCGCUUCCCGAGGAUCAGCCCCGGGCGACCCCGGCAUGCCCAGCCCGCAGCGGCGAACGCGGCCGCAGGCGAUCGGAGGAGCUGCGCGGCCCGGGCGGCGCUAGGAGGAGCGGCUGCGCUGGUGAGCGACAUGCGGUAGCACGUGACGCCGGACGCCCAGCCCUGCGGCCCGGGCCCCGGAGCGCUCUUCUCCUACGCUGGCCCUAGCAGGCGGCACAGGAUGAAUGACAUGAAUUUGAGCCCAGUGGGGAUGGAGCAGCUGACUUCAUCCUCUGUGAGCAAUGCUCUGCCAGUCUCAGGAAGUCACCUGGGGUUGGCUGCCUCUCCCACUCACAGUGCCAUCCCUGCCCCAGGUCUCCCAGUGGCAAUUCCAAACCUGGGUCCCUCCCUGAGCUCUCUGCCUUCUGCCUUGUCUCUGAUGCUCCCCAUGGGCAUUGGCGAUCGAGGGGUGAUGUGUGGGUUACCUGAAAGAAACUACACCCUACCUCCACCACCGUACCCUCACCUGGAGAGCAGUUACUUCAGAACCAUUCUACCUGGCAUUUUAUCUUAUUUAGCUGACAGACCACCUCCUCAGUACAUCCACCCCAACUCUCUAAAUGUUGAUGGUAAUACAGCAUUAUCUAUCACCAACAAUCCUUCAGCGCUAGAUCCCUAUCAGUCCAAUGGAAAUGUUGGAUUAGAACUAGGCAUUGUUUCAAUAGACUCUCGUUCUGUGAACACACAUGGUGCCCAAAGUCUUCAUCCUAAUGAUGGCCAUGAAGUGGCAUUGGACACAACAAUUACUAUGGAGAAUGUUUCUAGGGUUACUAGCCCAAUCUCUACAGAUGGAAUGGCAGAGGAGCUUACGAUGGAUGGUGUUGCAGGUGAACAUUCCCAAAUCCCAAAUGGCUCCAGAAGUCAUGAACCUCUCUCUGUGGAUUCCGUGAGCAACAACCUUACAGCAGACACUGUGGGACAUGGUGGUGUGAUACCCAUUCAUGGGAAUGGUCUGGAGCUUCCUGUGGUUAUGGAGACAGACCACAUUGCAAAUCGGGUCAACGGGAUGUCUGACAGUGCCCUCAGUGACUCCAUCCACACCGUGGCCAUGAGCACCAACUCUGUAAGCGUGGCACUCUCUACCUCACACAACCUCGCCUCCCUAGAGUCUGUUUCCCUCCAUGAAGUUGGCCUCAGCCUAGAACCUGUGGCUGUCUCCUCCAUCACCCAGGAGGUUGCUAUGGGGACAGGUCAUGUAGAUGUAUCUUCAGACAGUCUGUCUUUUGUACCACCUUCACUGCAUAUGGAAGACUCCAAUUCAAACAAGGAAAACAUGGCAACCUUGUUUACAAUUUGGUGUACUCUUUGUGACCGAGCCUACCCCUCAGACUGCCCUGAUCAUGGACCAGUGACUUUUGUUCCUGACUCGCCAAUAGAGAGCAGAGCAAGACUGUCCCUCCCAAAGCAGCUUGUUCUCCGCCAGUCCAUUGUGGGAGCAGAAGUUGGUGUAUGGACUGCAGAAACCAUUCCUGUGCGGACUUGCUUUGGGCCCCUGAUUGGCCAGCAGAGCCACUCCAUGGAAGUAGCAGAGUGGACAGACAAGGCGGUAAACCAUGUCUGGAAGAUAUACCACAACAGUGUCCUGGAAUUUUGCAUCAUUACAACUGAUGAAAAUGAAUGUAAUUGGAUGAUGUUUGUGCGCAAAGCCAGGAACCGGGAAGAACAGAAUUUGGUGGCUUAUCCUCAUGAUGGAAAAAUCUAUUUCUGCACCUCACAAGACAUCCCUCCUGAAAAUGAACUGCUUUUCUAUUACAGCCGGGAUUACGCUCAACAGAUUGGUGUUCCUGAACACCCAGACAUUCACCUCUGUAACUGUGGCAAGGAGUGCAAUUCCUAUUCAGAGUUCAAAGCUCACCUGACCAGCCACAUCCAUAACCAUCUCCCUAGUCAAAGCCACAGCAGCAGCCACGGGCCAAGCCACAGCAAAGAAAGAAAGUGGAAGUGUUCGAUGUGCCCUCAGGCUUUUAUCUCUCCUUCCAAACUCCACGUCCACUUCAUGGGCCAUAUGGGAAUGAAGCCUCACAAGUGUGAUUUCUGUAGCAAGGCUUUUAGUGAUCCAAGCAACCUACGGACACACCUUAAGAUACAUACAGGUCAGAAGAACUAUAGGUGUGCUUUGUGUGACAAGUCUUUUACCCAGAAGGCUCACCUGGAGUCACACAUGGUCAUCCACACGGGUGAGAAGAAUCUCAAGUGUGAUUACUGUGACAAGCUAUUUAUGCGGAGGCAGGACCUCAAGCAGCAUGUGCUCAUCCACACGCAAGAACGCCAGAUCAAGUGUCCCAAGUGUGAUAAACUGUUCUUGAGAACAAACCACUUGAAGAAGCACCUCAAUUCUCACGAAGGAAAACGAGAUUAUGUCUGUGAAAAAUGUACAAAGGCUUACCUAACCAAAUAUCAUCUCACUCGCCACCUGAAAACCUGCAAAGGACCCACCUCCAGUUCCUCAGCACAGGAAGAGGAGGAGGAGGAUGACUCUGAGGAGGAUGAGCUCACAGAUGCUAUGAGGACGGAUGACUGCAGGAUUAGCAGUGCUAUGUACUCAGCAGACGAGUCUCUCUCUGCACGUAAAUAAAAGGAAGAAUACCCGCUUUGGAUGGAAACUUCAGUGGGAGAAGCAGCCUGCUACCCAGUACAGUGGUUUUUAAAUGAAAUGGUUCCUGACUUCCUUCUAGUCUGCAGUCAAAAAUGGAUUGAGCAGGAAUAGAUAAAGCACUUACAAGAGUAUCCAAAUGGAAAUACUUUAAAAUGGACUGGGUGAGGAGGAGGGCAUGUGCUUGUCAUAUUUUUAAGAGAUGAAUGGUAAGGAAAGGGUCAGCUUCUGGUGUCUUAUUUAUGGGACAGUUGAGACUGCAUUUAUGCCUGAGACAAAGUGGCCUUCUGCCCAAACAUAGCGAUUUAUCUCACAUUAUUCCAUUUUCUUCCUAGCCCUGUGACUAGUAACAUUCUAAACUUGACCUUUGCCCCACAGCCAUCCCCCCUGCUGCCCACCCAUGCAUUAUGCAGACUGUUGUGAGUUAUGUAUGUUACAGACUAAUUUGGAACACAGCAGUGAAAUUGUUCGAGGACUGUGGUUCAGUUAAAAGAAAAGUAGCAUCUGUCAUAGCUCCUCCUGGCCACUUGGGAGUUUAGAUUAGGUCCUGCUUCCCAACUUUUCAGCAGGUGCCUAGAAGGCAAAUUAAAAAAAAAAAAAAAAGAGCUGCCGGGUAUGGUGGCGCAAG